AUUGGACGGAGGGAGGGCGCCGGGGGAGAAAGCGACGCGGCCGCUCGUAAGUGCUCCGGAUGGAAACUGGUGCAGGGGGCAGCGGCGUUCCGCGGCCGGAAGGGAAGGGGGAGGUGCCGAGGCUGCGCGCCGGUUGCUCCUCCCCACCCCCAGCCUUUGCCCUGAAGGGGGCUGGAUGGGCAAGUCGGCCGCGAUGGCUCGAGCUCGGGCGGUGGCGGCGGUGGCCGGAGGCGGCGGUGCCUCCUCCUCCUCGCCCCGGCGCCGGCGGUGAUCCGAGCGAGCGGCCGCGGCCCCCGAUGAGACUGCUGGCGGGCUGGCUGUGCCUGAGCCUGGCGUCCGUGUGGCUGGCGCGGAGGAUGUGGACGCUGCGGAGCCCGCUCACCCGCUCCCUGUACGUGAACAUGACGAGCGGCCCGGGCGGGCCGGCGGCGGCCGCGGGCGGCAGGAAGGAGAACCACCAGUGGUAUGUGUGCAACAGAGAGAAAUUAUGCGAAUCACUCCAGGCUGUCUUUGUUCAGAGUUACCUUGAUCAAGGAACACAGAUCUUCUUAAACAACAGCAUUGAGAAAUCGGGCUGGCUAUUUAUCCAAUUAUAUCAUUCUUUUGUGUCAUCUGUUUUUAGCCUGUUUAUGUCUAGAACAUCUAUCAAUGGGUUGCUAGGAAGAGGCUCAAUGUUUGUGUUUUCACCAGAUCAGUUUCAGAGACUGCUUAAAAUUAAUCCAGACUGGAAAACCCACAGACUUCUUGAUUUAGGUGCUGGAGAUGGAGAAGUCACAAAAAUCAUGAGCCCUCAUUUUGAAGAAAUCUAUGCCACUGAGCUUUCUGAAACUAUGAUAUGGCAGCUUCAGAAAAAGAAAUACAGAGUCCUUGGUAUAAAUGAAUGGCAGAAUACGGGGUUCCAGUAUGAUGUCAUCAGCUGCCUGAACUUGCUGGACCGCUGUGAUCAGCCCCUGACUUUGUUAAAAGAUAUCAGAAGUGUCUUGGAGCCAACUAGAGGCAGGGUCAUCCUUGCCCUGGUCCUCCCCUUUCAUCCCUAUGUGGAAAACGUAGGUGGCAAGUGGGAGAAACCAUCAGAAAUUUUGGAAAUCAAAGGACAGAACUGGGAAGAACAAGUGAAUAGUCUGCCUGAAGUUUUCAGAAAAGCUGGUUUUGUUAUCGAAGCUUUCACCAGACUACCAUACCUGUGUGAAGGCGACAUGUAUAAUGACUACUACGUUCUGGAUGACGCUGUCUUUGUUCUCAAACCAGUAUAAACACGUGGAGGUGGAAGUCUGCAGAGUCCGCACCCUCCGGGAUGUGCCCUUGGAAGAGGGUCUGUGUUCACAGUUACGUGAAGGGAGGACCCUUGGGGACUGCCAUUCUAAAUAUCCUGUAGGAAUUUAAAAAGCCAAAAUACUAAUUAUUUCUUUGUAGUGUGUAAAGGAAUGUUUUUAAAAGACAAAAACCCAACUCUUUGUGGAUUUUUAUCAACUCUUUACUCAGAGCCACUCUCCAAUGCAGGUCACACUCCAAUUAUGAUGGAAGAUAUUUUUUAUACUUAAUUGCAGUAGGGACUCAUUCCCAGACAAAGCAAUAGUCACGACUUCAUGGAACCAAUCAAUGGAUUGUUUUUUGAAGACUGGCAAUAAAACUGUCCAUUCAAUUCCAAAUACUGGUUUUAAGGUAUAGCCGCUGAUAUUCUUUCAUGUUUAGAAAUUCUUUCUGUUAUUAUUCAAGAAAAUGUUUUUAAUCAUGCUAAUAAACUUUUUUGGAGAUGACUUUGGCAUCAUGUUUGAAUUCAUAUAAGGCUCCCCUAGCAUUUUUUAUUGGUUUGGCUUCAGGAGUACCCAAAUAGUAGCAUUAUGAGAAUGACGCAGACAAUUUGAAUAGGGGGGAAGGAAGGCUUCAGACUUGGGGGAAGGGGAGAUUAUUGCAAAUUGCAGUGAACGCUGAGGCAGUAAAAAAAAAAAAACAGAAACAAAAACCCAGCCUCAUUCAAGAUAUAGAACUUCAGGGACCCCUCCCCCCCCCCCGUUAAUGCUGCUGUGAAAAAUGCAAAAUAACCUGGUUCUGACUUUGUGAUCACUCAUGUCCCAUACACUGAACUUUGUUUUUUUCUGGACAAUCUCAGGUUCUCAGAAUUGAAACAUUUCAGUUUUGUCUACUGACAAAAUGCAACUAAAAAUGUUUUAAUUCAACUUCUUACUCUACACUUAUAUACCUCUCUCCCAGAGCUUGGCUCUUCCCUGAAAUCCUUAAAGGAGUUUAUUAUUUGCCAAGAAUAUGGUUUGAUGAAGACCGUGUCAGACUCAUGCAUUCUGGAAUCCGUGAGUGCCUCCAACCAUAAACCCAGAAAUGCUGCCAUAGAGGAACCCAUUAGCAAGAUCAAUAACCAUCGUGGAUAUUCCAAAGAGCAGAGCAUUUAACCCAGAAUCUGAAAUCUCAGUAAUAACAGAAAUGUCAAUAUGAGAUUGUGGUUAUUAACAAUAUGUUAUUCUCACUACUUUAUUUCUUUUUUCAUCCAGGUGUUUCAUUAAGUAUUCUCAUUUAUAUGUUCAUAGAAGUCAUCAGAUCAACACAUUCACUCCAACACCUGGGUAUAAAGGCGAAUUAAAACCUGAAGAAUUACUUUAUUAUUCAUUAAGAACUGCAUUCCCACAUCCUCACACCAAUAUCUUCCACUGUUACUGUGCAGUCAUAAUAAGAGUUGGGUUAUGUGAUUUAUGCAAAAUUGUUAUUGGUGUGUUCUAAUGAUUUCUUUCCAGGAAUUCAAGUAAGUGAAGUACAAAUACUUAGCACCAUAGAUUGUAAAAAUAGAAAGAGGAAAUGAGAAAACUUAAUGUCGUUCUUGUACAGUUGAGUUUUGCUUCUUUAUAAACUGUCUGUCAAAAUCAGGGGUUGCUGUUAGACUGUCAAGCAGAAGUGAUGGAUGUUCAAGGAGGCAGGUUGCCCCAAAGUGUUUUCUAACUUUCAAGUAGAGAACUUUAUGGUCUAAUAAGAAAAAUACAACUCAUUCUUAACCACCCCCCAAAACAGAGAAAACACAUACAUUUAUGCAUUUUAAAGAUAAAAAGUAGUUUCUCAAAAAAAUCUGAAGUUCUCUGAAAACCAGCUUAUUAAAAGUGCUGUUUUGUGGUGAAAAUUGAAACCAAAUCCACUCACAUUUCCUAUCGGGUCUUGAAAUUCUUGGUGGUGUGUCACCAUUCCACUAGAUGGCAGUGUUGCUUACUGAGUGUCAAUGGCUUUUUUCCCCGUAAAUGGAAUCAUGUUUUUCUCCCCCAAAGUACAAUAAAGCUGCCUUGUCUGCACCA